CAGCAGUAGACACCACAGCAGGAAGAUCGUCGUGUUGCCCUAUCACAGAUUCGGGCUCAUUCCUCCUGUUUCUCUCCCGGCUUUUUUGCUGCCCCAGCCUCGCGUCUCUGUACAAUUCUCUACCUGAAAGAUAGUUUACCCGUGCAUGCCACACGUCCCAACGAAAAACAUCAUGUCGCGAGGGUCCGCCGACACAUGCAGCACGAUGAUGAAGGGGAUCCAGGCGUUGGCGUGGCUCACUCCGCUUGUGAUGCAGUGCCAUGCCUUCAUGGUGCCAACGCUGCCGGUGUCGGGCAAAUUCUCCGGCGUGGUGGCAACAUCCAAUGGCGCUUCGUCUCCACCAAGCGCUAGGAGGGCGAGGAUGGAGAUGAAGAGCUGCGACCGUGCUGGCUUCAUUCGCGGAGGCGUUCUCGGCGGAGCAGCGGCGAUUGGAGUCCUGGGCUCGCCGAGUCCCGUGUCUGCCGCAGGUCUAUUCACGAAGGACCGGAUGGUGCUGGAACAAGUUCCCCUGCGCACGGUGAUCGGCAAGACUCAGUCCACCAGCUGGGCGGACGUGGCUCCGAAGAUCGCCGCGAUGCGCGCCGAGGCUCGCGAGCACUUCGCGCAGACCCCCGGCGCUGAAGGCGGCCGCGAGCUUACCGCAUUUUCCAACCAAAAUGCUGAGAGCGUAGACGUUACAGUCGGACUGGAGGUUGUGGAUGCCAAGGGUUCUCCCGCCAUCUCAAACGGUUUCACCGCCAGCGUAAUCUCCCCGCCGGGGCAGUACCUGCGGGACGACCACGACGGGAAGCCCGGUGUGACUCCCUGGAUCUCAUUCAUGGCCCGACUAGCGAAGGACGGGUACACCAUGACGGAGCCCCUGGCGAUGUUCGAGGUCUACUCCGGGCAGGGAGGAGAAGAGUCGGUGACGAUGUACACCUCCGUGAACGGUCCGGCCAAGUAGAGCACGCCCGCGCCUCUUUAGUGCAGGUGCUGGCGUCGUGAGGGGCUAGUAGCUGAGCAGACGGAAUUAGAACCGUCGCCUUGAAUGUUUCGUAGAGUGAAAACAAUAUUUCUCGGGGGGUCGAUUCGAGCGGUCGCCAAACGGUAGGUGUCCCGGUAUAGUGCCGGUAUCUUUUCUUGACCCGGCCCUUAAUAGUGCGAAACCGGCACUGUUGUGGAUUGCCCACUAUGAUGCCGGUUCACGCACUUUCGUAGCUCUCAAUAGUGCCGGUUCAGACCACACACAGCCUUCUAUUUCGCGUCUAGGGCCUUACCACACCAACAGGAUUCGGAGACGGUUUACCCUCGAGCUACAAGACUGACUCGUUUCCUGCCCGUGCGAACUCGUGACGGCUUCAAGUGUCAUGGUUUACCGAUCGACCAAAUUCCACCACAGCCAUUGUAGCCAAUACGUCGGGAAUUCAGUAGCAGUGAGGCGGGCGAAGGGAAGGAUGGUGGUAGUGACAAAGGAUGUGGAAAGGGAAGAAUAGCGAAGGAUAGCAGUGAUGAUGGAGGAGGAAAAUAUCGCGUUGGAGGGAACAGAGUUUCGAGCGAGAUCGUGUUCCUCACAACGAACGCGCCGGGUGCAGAGUCUAGAGAGAUGAACGCCGGAAUAUAGUGGAAUUAUUCGUGAUGAGAGUAAAAUGUUGUGGUGGUUAAACACAAGGACAAGGAAGGAAGGAUGAAAACACGCCGAAACAUUUGCGUGUGCAACCUCGUCUGUUGCUACCGUUUCUGCCUUGGGAUCAGAACAGCUUAGCCUCCUCCAGGAUACCCUCUCACAGGGUCCCAGAUCAGGGCCUUUAGAAACACUUAUUUCCUGUUUUCAACCGCACUGAGGCUGACGUUUAUCGUUGGUCACCCGGUUAGAGGUCGAUGCUAAUACUACACAGAGCCAUCGACGCAAUAUACAGGCCUCACAACACGGUAGGGGUACGACCCGUGCUGCUGCUGAAGAUCCUACCAGCUCUACGCAGAGGGCCAGGGGGUAGAUCUGCAUAGCUGCACGGCAGCGUGACGCUUCUUUUUUGACGU